ACAAGGGGUUAACCUGGGCGGGCAGGUACUCAGUAUAAUCUCCGACUUCCUACUCUACUCCUGCUCCGGUCUUGCUAUGGGGUUCUGCUCUAGUCCGGACGUCCGGAUGUCCGUACCCCGCACCUAUUCGCACCCAUAGACUCGAGUGUCCGUCUCCGUCGCUGCGGCCCACAGACUUACAAGACUCGACUGUCCGUCGCCGCCGCCGCAACGGGUCCGGCCCCAAAGUCAUGUCGAGCGGAUAUCCGCUCUCCGUCUCUACUUUCGCACACGCGUCGAUACGAGGUAGAGCUGAAGGCAUGGCUUCCCGUCAAGCCGCACCGUCCGGCCUGGCAUGUAUGCAGUGCUUCAAGGCGAAAUGCAAGUGCGCGAGUCGCCCGGACGGCGACGGGUGCGAAAGAUGCCAUCACCUCAAGAAACAGUGUCAGCCAUCGGAUUCGUUGCGCAAGAUCACUAAUGCCCAAAGACGGCAUAAUUUUGCGGCGAGGAUCGGUGAUUUAGAGGGAGAGGUCGACAGCCUCGUCAGGCUGCUCUCCCUCGCCGCACAGUCGCCUUCUUUGUCUGUGACCUUGCGGAGCGUUGUCCGUGAGGAUGAAACCCUGGCCGGCUACGCACACCUACUCUCACAAGAUGACUCAGAUUGGCCCUCGAACGCGGCCGAUACUGCCAUGGGAGGAGAUGACGACACCGCCACUCAGCCUUCUAGAAAAAAUUCGUUCGCUAUCGACUUAUCGUCGCCAUAUGCCGGAGGUACCAUCUCUGGUACUCUUGCGAGUACACCUCUUGCCCCAGAUGGCCCUUCAACGCACGACUUAGAGACUUGUGUCACCAUAUUUCGUGACAAGAUGCUGCCGUGUUUCUCUUUUACCGAUAUUUCCCCUAAUGUGACAGUGCAGGAGCUGCAGCGCGAUCGUCCCUUUCUAGUGCGUGCUAUUUUGGCCGUCGCAUCUCCCUCCAGAGAGCAAAAGCUAGCAUAUGGAUGGGAGCUGAAGGAAGUUUUGGCCCAGAUGACACUGGUUCAAAAUCAGUCUAGUCUUGAUCUGCUGCAAGGACUACUAACCUUCACGGCUUGGAGCUAUGACCACAUGCUCAACCCGACGGGCACGCUCUCCCGGCUCAUAUUGUUGGCUAUAUCGCUAGCAUGUGACCUCCGUCUAGACAAGCCGUUACCGUCGGAUGAACAUAUGAUGAAGCCUAUGGUCGAUGGCUCCUCUGAACAGGAAAACAAUACCACGAAGCAUUGGUUUGUUGUAGAGGAACAACGGGCCGUCUUAGCAUGUUAUGCGCUGAGCUCCAUAAUAUCCAUAUAUUUCGCGCAGAUUGACGUCAUGAAGUGGAAGCCGCGAAUGGAAGAAUCUCUCCGCGCUAUAGAGGCCAACAGGGAGUGCCACUCAGACGUGGCUUUUGCAUUCCAAGUCCGCCUCCAGCUACUGGCGCAGAAAGCAGUCCAGGUCAGAGAACAGCGAGAGUGGGACUCGGCUCACGUAGACUCAGAUACGGGCCCGGCUCUUUCGGCCAACUUUUACAUUCGAACCCUUCAAGAGCAGCUUCAUCAGCUCAACGAAUCUCUUCCUGCAACACUGCAACGACGAGGUCCACUUAUAAUGCACAUGCACUACAUCGAACUCUGCAUGACCGAAACGGCUCGCACACUAUAUCCCAAUGCUCUUCAAGGACCAAUACCGUGGCCUGGAGGCAAUAGCGGCAAUGGCGCCAGCAUGAGCGGCGCUAACUCGCUUGGCUAUGAGCGUCUCGACUUUUCAUGGCGGUCUGUGGGCGCCAUCAAAGCGUGGAUGGAAAUGUUCUUUUCGCUCUCGCCAGCUGAAUGUGCAGGUCUCUCGUUCAUUCACAUGGCGCAGCUGGCGCGAUGCUUGAUGGUCUUAUACCGGCUGUCGACUUUCGUCCAUCCAGCUUGGGACUGCCAUUUGGUGCGCAGCACCGUGGACCUUCUACUGGUGCUGGAUGGCGUUGCCGACAAGCUGGAGCUUGCCAGUAGCGAAUCAGGUGAGAUAUCGUCCGAAGACCAGUUCAUGCGUCUGUCAAGGAUGAUGCGCAAGUUCCGCGCCAAUGCCGUCUCCAAAAUGGGCCAGAAGACGACCGCAGGUACCCCCUGGCUCAACGGGGACGCAGUUGGUGGCAGCGAAGGUGCGGCCGUUCAAAACCCGACCCUAUCGGAAUCAAUGAUCAACCUAGGUGAUGAUGCAUUUUUGGAGAGCAUUUUCGGGGAUUUUAGGACCGAUGGCCUAUAUAACAAAUAAUUAGACAGCUAACAAUCGCCACGGCACGUAACGUAACGUGUACUUUUUACACCAGCAAAUGAAUGAACAGGACGCCCAGGACCGUGUAGAGCAGUUCAUGUACGCAUUAUUUACAUGACUUGCUUUGGCCGAGUUUUUUAAUCUGCCCUUAACCAAUUCCAGGGUUGUGGUGGAUGCUCUACCUUCUGAAGUUUUGUCUUGAAAGGUGUGCAUGUAAGGGGAGCUGAAAACUUUGGCGAUUCCCUACCAACGUACUUUUGAGUAUGAGUUAAGUUAGCGAUUAGGUUAAAAUUAAAUAGUUUGAAAUUCGUCUCCAAAUUAAG